AUCACAACUAUCAGACUGAGUGUCACAGACAUGAAUGACAACACACCAGUGUUCAGUGCCUCCAUCUACUCAAAGAGCAUCCUGGUAAAGGAUGCUGAAGUGGGGGAUGUGGUGUUGACACUUUUGGCAACAGAUAAGGACAUCGGCAACAACUCACUCAUAACUUACAGUUUUUCUGCAGGCAACUUUACUUAUCUCUCCCUGAAUAAUAAGACGGGAGUUGUAACCAUAGCAUCUGACCUUGCUGAUGUCACAGAGGACACGGCUCUUGAUUUCACGGUCAUGGCACAGGAUCACGGACUGCCACCCUUGAAUUCCACAGCUUGUGGUCUGGUCUCCUUGAAGACUGUCAGCCUUAGCGAAGGUGUGGCCUUCGAGAGCCCCUCCUACAACUUCAGUGUUGCCGAAAACCAGCCGGAAGGGGCCGCGGUGGGGGUGGUGAAGGUGUCGCCUGGCAGCAGCCUCUAUGAAAUCUCAUACGUCCUCAUGACACACACUGACCUGUUUACCAUAGACCCUCAGGGAGCGCUCCUCACGAAAGAGACGCUCGACAAGGAAAGCCAGGAUUGGUACAUCCUGGAAGUGAAAGCAGUAGACACGAGGAUUCCCCCUACCUCUGCAGUUGCAUUGGUUAGGGUGGAGGUUGAGAAUGUGAACGAGGCCCCAAAGUUUAUUGAUGGAAUCUACCAAGCAAAGAUCUUCAGCAUUGCCCCAUACAAGUAUCCUGUGGUACAGGUUAAGGCCACAGACCCUGACAGUGGUGACAGUGAGCGUCUGCAGUACAGUAUCUCAGAGCCCAGUUCCUACUUUGACGUGGACCCCUCCACUGGUCAGGUGUAUGUGGUGUCAGCGGUGGGACUGGCAGGUCAGACAACCACUUUGACCAUGAAGGCUACAGACCCUUUGGGCCUACAAGCCACAGCGAUGGUCCAGGUGGACGUCCAGGGAAGUGCCAGCAGUGACGUAGUGGUCAUCUCUCUCAACCGAGCCGCCAACGUAGUGGAGAAGAACAUCCCUGAGAUGGAAGAGUCUUUGGGGAGAGCGCUGGGCUGGACCGUGAGGGUCAUCAGGGUUUCCAGCUCUAACAGUGGAGAGGCUGAAUCAAGAACAUUGAGGAACAACAUCAAGACGUUUGUUAGCAUAAUUGCCACAGAUGUUGACAAAGUCAUCCCUGCUGAGGGAUUGAAAAAGAAGCUGCAAAGUGAAAGUGCUACUGUGAAGACAGAACUUGAGAAGGUGUUUGGGACAGGGCUCGAGUAUGAAGUGCAGGAAGAUCCAGAGGAAACGUCUGAUAACCAAGCCACCGUCAUCACCCUGGGAUUCUUUCUGGGGCUGUUCAUGCUGGCAUGUCUUCUGAUGGGGACAUGCAUGAUCAAGUGA